AGAAUCGCGUUAAAACGAGAAAGGGAAAAAGGCCCGAGCUUUAUCUAUGUGACGGGAUAGUUGUUUCUCUCUCUCCUUUAUAUUACACGAGGACCCGUGGCUGGCUGGUGUAUGUGUUUAGAAUGGGACACGCUGAAGGUCCAGUCAAAGAAAAAGACAGUUAAGGAUGCAGGAGCCCAACAAUGGAUUUCUCCUUCUCUUUCAUGCAAGGGAUCAUGGGAAAUACAAUUCAGCAACCCCCUCAGCUCAUUGACUCAGCCAACAUCAGACAGGAAGGCACCUGCGACACCGGCAGUGACCCCGGCGAGGAUGGUGGUCCCUCCUACGAUGCUGCCCUGGAUGCAGAGUUUUCUUACCCGCCGUCGGCCUCGGAGGACAUGUCGCAUGUCUCCAACGGCUACCCGCCCGGUCUGGGCAUGUACGAGCCGCAGGCCAAGUUCUCCAUGUACUCGCAGUUCCCCAACGGCUCGGCCAACGGCUAUGGGGCCAUCCGGAGCUACGGCGACCACGGCCUCAUGCCAGGGGAGGGGACGGUCCUGAGGGGCCCGGGUCUCCAGGAGAGGCCUUUGUCUCCCGUGUCCCCGCCUCUGCACCCGCACCUCCACCACCACCACCACCAUCUCCCCCAUCACCACCACCACCACGCCACGCACCACUUCCACUCGAACCCGCCUCAUAUACAAACCCACCCGCACCCGCAGAGUCCCCCGCCACUGCCACCGCCGCUGCCCCCCUCCCAGCACCACCUGCCCCAUACGCCUCACAUCAUGACCCACACUCUUCCCCAUCCUCCCCCGUUGCUCCUGCCUCCCUCCAGUCCCCCGCCCUCCCUUGUGGACAGUACCCCUUCCUCUCAACCCUCCCACGGUCUGUCCAACACCCCUGGUGGGGUGCUGAAGAAAACCAGCUCCCCAGAGAUCAAGCUGAAGAUCAUAAAGACGUAUCAGAACGGGAAAGAGCUGUUUGAGUCUGCGCUGUGUGGAGACCUGCUGCAAGAACUGCAGAAGGAUUCUCAGACGAACGAGACAACUCCGAUGCAGCGCCGACACGAGAGGAAGAAGGAGAAGAGGAAAAAGAGCGCGCGGCUGCAGCUGCAGGUCGAGGAACAGAACCUGGACCAGAGCCAGGCGCAGACACAGGCAGGUACGACGGAGCAGACGGAGGACACCCACAUCCAGCCCCGGCAGACAGAGACGCCCCCGGUCCAGACGGAGAAGCCUCAGAAGACCGUUAUCAAAACUGAGCCAAAGACGCCGAAGGUUCCGAAGGUCCACCAUCCAUCAGUGAUCCAGGAGACUGGCUUCUGUAAGGAGUUUGUGAUAGGAGAUCUGGUGUGGUCCAAGGUGGGCACCUACCCCUGGUGGCCCUGCAUGGUGUCCUCCGACCCGCAGAUGAAGGUCCACACUCGCAUAAACACCAGAGGUCACAGGGAGUACCACGUCCAGUUCUUCGGCAGCGUCGCAGAGCGAGCGUGGAUCCACGAGAAGAGGAUAGUCCUGUACCAGGGGAAGAAGCAGUUCGAGGACCUUCAGGCUGAGACUCUGCGCAAGGCCACAAACCCUGUAGAGAAACACAAACUCCUGAAGCCCAUCCCUCAGCGGGAACGUUCUCAGUGGGAGGUGGGGGUUGGCCACGCCGAGGACGCCUUAGUGAUGUCGCGGCAGGAGCGCAUUGACAACUACACCUUCAUCUACGUCGACCCAGACCCCCAUGAAGGCCCGUCCAGCAAGAAACCCAACAUCCGAGCCGAGAAGCGAACCCGCCGCUCCAGCGGCUCAGUCGGUAAGAAGGAAGAGGGGGGAGUGAAGUCACCGGAGAGGGAGCAGCCGCCACGACGACUGCUGCCACGAAGGCAGUGUAGCAUUUCUAACACAGACGACGGCACAAACUCCCAGGCCUCACACGAAGAGAAGAACCAGAGGGGGGACCAGCGUAAGGCCACCUCCCCGAAACCGAACGUCGGCUGCGACGCACGGCAGGACUCGCCGCCACCGGUCAGGGCCUGGAAAACAGCGGCUGCCAGGAAGCUGCUGCCUCUCUCCAUCACCAUGAAGAGGCUGAACGUGGAGAUCACAAAGUGCGACUGGCCUCUCUUUCAGAAAAAAGCAGCUCCGUCUCCGAAAAAAGAACAAGAACAAGAGGAAGAAGAAGAAGAAGAAGAAGUAGUAGAAGAAGAAGAAGAAGAUGAUGAAGAAGAAGAAGAAGAAGAAGAACAGGAGAAGGAGGAGAGAGUGGCGAGGGAGUCUAGGCAGCCAGACCUAGGAUACUGCUCGCCAGAGGACACCAGAGCUAAACCAGAGCCCAGUCCAGAGGAGGAGGAGGAGGAGGACGGGGACGAAGGGGAGGAAGAGGGGGAGGAGAGGAGAGGCUCCCCCGCCAGUCGGAGGAGUGAGGAGGGAGGAAUGCAGCAGAACUCCUCUCCUGGAUCACACCACAGCAGUCCACACGGUUCUCAAGAGAGGAAGAUGCAGCGGCGGUCAGUCAGGAGCAGGUCUGAGUCAGAGAGAGGCAACGAUCCCAUCCCGAAGAAGAAAACCAAAAAGGAACAGGCCGAGAUGGCUCCCGAGACCACGCUGAGGACCGGUUCACAGAAAGGAGCCAGUGAGAUCUCAGAUGCCUGCAAACCCCUGAAGAAGAGAAGCAGAGCGUCGACAGAUGUGGAGAUGGCGUCUUCUCAGUACAGAGACACCUCUGACUCCGACUCUAGAGGCCUCAACGACCCACAGGGUUUAUUUGGGAAGAGUCUCGAUAGUCCAGCAGCAGCCGACGCAGACGCUUCAGACACUCAGUCCGUGGACUCCGGCUUGUCCCGUCAGGACGGCAGCACCGGCAAGAGAGACACCGUCUGCCAGAUCUGCGAGUUGUACGGAGAGGGCUUAGCGGUGUGCGAAGGCGACUGCGGCAGACAGUUUCACCUGGACUGUCUCGGCCUGACGUCCCCACCAGAAGGAAGAUUCACCUGCCUGGAAUGCAGAAAUGGCAAUCACAGUUGUUUUAGCUGUAAAACGGCAGGCCGGGAGGUGACGCGCUGCUCCGUGUCCGGAUGCGGUUGUUACUACCACGAGGACUGCGUCCGCAAGCUCCCAGGCACGACCGCCGGUUCGGACGGAGGCUUCUGCUGCCCUCAGCACAGCUGCUCUACCUGCUGCCUGGAGAGAGACCUGCAGCGGGCCAGUAAAGGUCGCCUGAUGCGCUGCAUCCGCUGUCCAGUGGCCUAUCACACGGGGGACGGCUGCGUGGCGGCGGGCAGCGUGGCCCUCACCCAUCACAUCAUGAUCUGCAGCAGCCACGGCGGCUCCAAGCGGAACGGCCUCCUCAGCUCCCCCAUCAACGUGGGCUGGUGCUUCCUGUGUGCCAGAGGGCUGUUAGUGCAAGACCUUACUGACACCAUAUUAAGUUCAUAUGCCUAUAAGUCCCACUACCUUCUGACUGAGUCAAAUCGUGCUGAGUUGAAAUUACCUAUGAUUCCCUCUCCUUCGUCAGCUACCAAAAAGAAUGUUGGGAAAGGAGGCAAGUUGCUGUGCUGCGACACAUGCCCGGCUUCCUUCCACCCGGAGUGUCUGGAGAUGGAGAUGCCGGCGGGGGCGUGGUCCUGCAGCGAUUGCAGGGCGGGGAAGAAACCGCACUACAAACAAAUUGUCUGGGUCAAACUGGGCAACUACAGGUGGUGGCCGGCGGAGAUCUGCAACCCUCGCCUGGUGCCGUCCAACAUUCAGAGCCUCCGCCACGACGUCGGCGACUUCCCCGUCUUCUUCUUCGGCUCCCACGACUACUACUGGAUCAACCAGGGCCGCGUCUUUCCUUACGUGGAGAACGACAAGAACUUUGUCACGGGUCAGAUCAACAUCAACAAAACUUUCAAGAAAGCUCUGGAAGAAGCAGCCCGGAGGUUUCAGGAGCUCAAGGCACAGAGGGAGAGCAGGGAGGCUCUAGAGCAGGAACGCAACUCUCGCAAACCUCCGCCCUACAAAUUCAUCAAGUCCAACAAACCAGUGGGGAAAGUGCAGGUGCAUGUAGCUGACUUAUCGGAAAUCCCACGAUGCAACUGCAGACCAACAGACGAGCACCCUUGCAGCCUCCACUCUCAGUGUCUCAACCGCAUGCUGCAGUACGAGUGUCACCCACAGGUGUGUCCUGCAGGAGACAGCUGUGAGAACCAGUGUUUCUCCAAGCGGCUGUAUGCAGAGACGGAAGUGAUAAAGACAGACGGGCGCGGUUGGGGCCUCAGGACCAACCAGGCUCUCAGGAAGGGCGACUUUGUGACAGAGUACGUGGGAGAGGUGAUUGACUCGGAGGAGUGCCAGCAGCGGAUCAAGCGCGCCCAUGAGAAUCAGGUGGCCAACUUCUACAUGCUCACCCUCACCAAGGAUCGCGUGAUAGACGCCGGCCCGAAAGGAAACUCGUCUCGCUUUAUGAACCACAGCUGCAGCCCGAACUGUGAAACCCAGAAGUGGACGGUGAACGGGGACGUUCGCAUCGGACUCUUCACCCUCUGCGACAUCGAGGCCGACACGGAGCUGACAUUCAACUACAACCUGCACUGCGUUGGCAACAGGAGGUCGUCUUGUCACUGCGGAUCAGACAACUGCUCUGGGUUCCUCGGGGUGCAGCCAACGAGCGCCGUGGUGAUGGAGAAGGAGGAGAAGGCCAGGAACGCCAAGCUGAAGCCGAAGAAGCGGAAGCUGCGGCCGGAGGGCAAACACACACACGAGUACUUCUGCUUUUGCUGCGGGGAGGGAGGCGAGCUGGUGAUGUGCGACAGGAAGGACUGUCCGAAGGCGUACCACCUGCUGUGUCUCAACCUCACCAAGCCGCCAUACGGACGCUGGGAAUGUCCGUGGCACAACUGCAGCGUGUGCGGCGCCCCGGCCUCGUCCCUCUGUGACUUCUGCCCUCGCUCCUUCUGCCAGGAUCACGAGGCGGGGGCACUCACCUCCUCCACCCUUGAAGGCCGCCCCUGCUGCUCCAGCCACGACCCCGUCAGCCCCCUGGGCUCAAACUCCAGCUCGGCCCAGCCUCGCCGCUCCGCCCUGAGCCCCGGCGGUGUCAAGGAGGAGCCGCAGGCGGAGGAGGAGGCGGGCCAGCCGGCUUCAGAGUGA